UCAAGGACGUACCGCUCAAGGGAGAUUUUACCUCCCUUAUCCUCAAGGCCUACUACUCAUUAUCCGAAGCCAAGCAGAAAGCCGUGUUGAAGAGUUGGCCCGAAUUCGAACCAUUCACCGAAUACAUGCCGAAGAUCUACUAUCCGGACUACUACGAGAUUGACCCACGCCCUACAUUGGCUAUAUUGUUAGCCGAUCCUCGUGGGAGGGCGGGUAAUGCUGCCCGGGCUAUGGAUCCAAAAUUCGCCAACCUCAUCCUUCGAUGUGCGGACAAGACCAUACAAGACCUGAUGUACAAAGUACUGAAGGAGAGCAUCGACGACAAACCAUCCAAGGAGAUACCAGCAUCUGGCGAUGAAGUGGCCAUAAAACGACUCCAAUACUAUGAGGUUUUGAAGCACUACGCCGUUCUCUGGCAUAGCCAUACCCCGCCUGGUCUCGAUCGCGCACUCCUUGACGUCGAUUCGUUCCGGUUCCAAGUAAAAAGAGGCAAAAAAAAAGGGUUCGAAGUAUUGCACUCUAAGGAUAUCUGCAGGACUGUGACCGAGGGAGCUUUGUCUAACCUCAGAAAUCAUGCCUCCUCCUACAUGGCGGAUUAUGGCGAUAUCAUGGAGUCGCUGGACCAGCAUAUGAAAUCGAAAGAAAACAACUCGUUCAUGGAGGCCCUGCAUCUACCGGACACUCUCAAGCCAUUGGCUCAAGACCUCGACUGGGAGCCCGAGACACUUGCCACACUGUUUGAGUCUUCGUGGCCGGAGUUGCAUGUGGCCAUGGGCUACUUCGUUCUGUCGCUGUGGACUGGGGUUGGCAGGCUCGGCAUUGACAUGAAGUAGGAUGGGAGGGGAGUGGAUGUUGAGAGAAGAUGGGAGUGGGAAAAUGCAUUGUUGAGGGUUUUGCGUUGUUGUCAAAGGGAUGGAGGAGUGAAGUUGC